GUGCCUUAGUUUAGCAAUGCUACUUCACACUCCUACAGUACCAAAACCAGAAGACCCUGACUCCAUCCGUCAAUGCGAAAAGUUUCCCACCAUUUCCUGAAUUUCUACUCGGGACGCUGAAACCCUAAAAAUGAUAGGAAGAAAGAAAAAUCUCAAAAUCAAACAAGUAUGGCGAAGAAAAGGUUCAUCAGCAUCCACUUCAGUAUCGCCCCCGCCUCCCCCGCCGCCGUGGACAGAGCUGCCACGGGACAUAACGGCCAACAUAUUGCAGAGACUGUCGGUAGUCGAUAUACUGGAGAGUGCACAGAAAGUGUGUACGACCUGGCGCAGUGUUUGCCUUGAUCCUGCCAUGUGGCGAGUGAUUGACAUGUAUGAUUGUGCGGAUUACGAGGAUGAGCCUUACGAUAUGGAAAUCAUGGUCCAGCACGCUGUGGAUCGGAGCCAGGGCCAGUUGGUUGAUAUCAGCAUUGGGUCUAUUGGUACUGAUGAAUUGCUUGAGUAUAUUGCUGAAAGGUCAGGCAAGCUUAAGCGCCUUCGGCUUGCAUUUUGUGAUAGUAUAAGUGGUGAAGGUUUGACAGAAGCUGUUAAAAGAUUACCUUUGUUGGAGGAGCUGCACCUUUUCUUUAUCUCCAUGCCCAGUGAAGCCCUUGAAAUAGUUGGCUGCUCUUGCCCUUUGUUAAAGUCAUUUACAAUAAACAGGAGAAGCAAUGAACUGCCACAUCAAGAAUGUGAUAAGGAGGCAGCUGCUAUUGCAAAAACCAUGCCAGGAUUACACCACCUUCAUCUCUUGGGAAAUAAGAUGACAAAUGAAGGCUUGAAAGCUAUUCUUGAUAACUGUGCAAAACUGGAAUCACUAGAUCUCCGGAAAUGUUAUUAUGUUAACCUGGAUGGUGAUCUAGGAAAACGAUGCUCUCAAGAAAUUACACAUCUGAGGCUCCCUAAUGACUCCACGGCAGAUUAUGAGUUUGAUGAAGAACUUGAUGACUGUGAAGGACUUCAUUACUCUGAUUCAUUUGAUGUCUACUCCUCUGGGAUUUCUGACUUUGAUGUUUCUGACUAUGAUUUUUAUUUUGAUGAUUUUGAGGACUUCACUCUCUGGGACAUGGAUUCUGACUAUGCAGCUUUCCUUGGGCUCUGUUGAUAGAUGGUCCCUAUUAGCUGCAUCUAUCAUGCAU